UAUUUUAGUCAAAGCUCCUAUUGGAAAAGAAGAACACUGUUUCUAUGUUACUAAAAGUCUUCUCUCAUCACAUCCAUAAACUAUACUUAACCUGUGUGCUGGUUGUACACAGCCUGCCCAGUCUACGGUACAUGUUUUACUGGAGUCGAGGUCAUUUGGGUGGAAGCUGCUCUGCUUUUUCUUAUCCGAGGGGGUCAAAGAGGAACCUUUAACAAUGACAACAAAAAAGCCGCAGAGCAUGCUCCGGGAAGCUUCUCAUCAGAUUAUAGCCGGUGGAUCCGCAGGUCUGGUAGAGAUCUGCUUGAUGCAUCCCCUCGAUGUAGUGAAGACCAGGUUCCAGAUCCAAAGGGGAACCAGUGACCCAAAUAGCUACAAGAACCUGAGUGAUUGCUUCCGGACCAUCAUACGCAAUGAAGGAGUCUUUGGCUUCUACAAAGGGAUCCUGCCUCCGAUUCUGGCAGAGACACCAAAGAGAGCGGUCAAGUUUUUCACAUUUGAGCAAUACAAGAAGUUGCUGAAUUUGACCCCUUUGUCUCCUGGUUUGGCACUGUCUGUAGCAGGGCUCGGUGCAGGCUUGACUGAGGCUGUUGUCGUCAAUCCGUUCGAAGUGGUGAAAGUCAGUCUCCAGGCCAACAGAGACUCCUUUACAGAGCAACCCUCUUCAUUUGCUCAAGCAAGACGCAUAAUUAAGUCAGAGGGAUUCGGAUUCAGGGGCCUGAAUAAAGGACUAACAUCGACACUGGGACGCCAUGGAGUUUUCAACAUGAUCUACUUUGGCUUCUACUUCAAUGUCAAGGAUGCUAUUCCUACCAGCCCGGACCCUACCCUAGAGUUCAUGAGGAAGUUUGCUAUCGGCCUCGUGUCUGGGACCAUCUCCUCCUGCGUCAACAUUCCCUUCGACGUAGCCAAGAGCCGCAUCCAAGGCCCCCAGCCUGUGCCCGGAGAGAUCAAGUACCGCACCUGCUUCCAGUCCAUGGCACUGGUGUACCGGGAGGAGGGGUACUUGGCACUAUACAAGGGGUUGGUGCCCAAGAUAAUGAGGCUUGGACCAGGUGGAGCAGUGAUGCUGCUGGUCUAUGAAUAUGUGUCUGGGUGGCUACAGAGGAACUGGUAACAAAAAAAUCACAGAAAAGAAACCCAAGAGAGUGCCUUAUAGAUUCUGCCUCAUUGCCCAAUAUCGUUAACUGACUCCAGUAACGUCAGACCAAAUUAGUUUGUUCGUUUGUUUGUUUGUUUUUACCUUGAAUCACAGUACUGUUCUGCAAAAUACCAAAUCAGAAUUACAAUAUAUCUUACAAUGCAGCUUUCUAAGGACAAACUACAUCUUCGCCCAAGUUACUUUCUCAGGAAUUCAAAACAGCUGUAAUGUUUGAAAACUGACAAAUCAUUUUCUAAUAGAAAACAGGUUUUUAACAGUGGGUUUCUCAGUAGGCUCUAAAGGCCCUGAAAACCUAUUUCUCUAUCAGCUUCUUACUAUGAGUAAUGGGGUCUUACAUGAACUCAAUAUUUUUUGCCAAAUUUAGAACAGUUUGGGUUAUUUCACAUGAGAGAUUAAUGCAUUUUGUGCUUUUUUCCUGUGCUCCUAUCACUGGUUAGAAAUGGGCGGUGCUCAGUUGGAAAAGGUUAUGGGGGUAUUUGCUUAUGUUGCCAGUACUGUCAAUCAAAUCUGAGCAAACCACACCCACACAGUCCUGAUGAAACAAAUUAUUGACUUUUUUCUCCAUAAAGUUGCUUAUUUAGUCACACAAAUGUGAUGUUACAGUGCUAAAUAUUUAAAAAUUUCAGUGGCUUUAAUGUUAAGUUUGAAAUGAAAUAAAACACCAAGAAUGGA